AUGAAAUUAUUAAAACCGAUAUCAAAUUUUACGUGGCCUUUACAUUAUACAAUACUAAACAUAAAAAAAACAUAUCAAAAUACUUUACGUGUCCUAGAAGCUAACGUUUUAACAUAUAUUGAUUUGACGCUCAAAGUUACAGUAAGACGCAACAUUACAAAUCGAUUAAAAAUGGAGAAUUCAGACGAUCAGUUUUCAUUAAAAUGGAACAAUUUCCAGUCAAAUCUUGCGACUGGGUUUCACGAUCUUCUACAGGAAGAAGACAUGGUGGACGUAACCUUAGCUGCGGAGGGUAAAAUGUUAUAUGCACAUAAAAUUAUAUUAUCCGUCUGCAGCCCUUAUUUCAAGGACUUAUUUAAAGUCAAUCCAUGCAAACAUCCAAUUGUUAUAUUAAAGGAUGUUGGGCAUCAGGAAUUAGCAGAUAUGCUAGAUUUUAUGUAUAAAGGUGAAGCCAGUGUUAGGCAAGAAGACUUAGCUGCAUUUUUAAAAUUAGCUGAAACACUUAAAGUAAAAGGAUUAGCUGGUGAUAAGGAAGAAAGUAGUUCUGUUCCACCCCCUCAAUCUCACAGAAAGCCAUUAUUAGUUCCUAAGAAGAAGAAAGAAGUACCAGCAUAUGAACCUGAAGAAGAUUCAGCUGAUCCUGAUUUUAAUCCAGGAGGUGAAGUUAAAAGAAAAAGAAAAAGAAUUUCUUCACCGCAACCAAAGACUGAAACCACUUCCACAAGUGCCACCAAUAACACUUUUGUACCUCUUCCAAAGCAGGAAAUUGAAGAGCAGGUUGAAUUUCUUGAUGAUACCACCACUGAUCCUUUAGUACAUUUUAUUACCGGAAAACAAACAAAACAAGAAGAAGAUGGAAAUGAAUUUGAGGACCCCAAUCAGGAAAUGACUGGAGACGAAACACACGAAGAUUUAGAAAUGACGGCUGGACCCUCCGAAGAAACGGAGCAGGUGCCCCAAGGUAGGAUUUUAUUUUUUUAUACAGUCGACACAGCCACAAGGAUUUUAAUGUUUACGUUCGAAAUAAAAAAAAUUUUACGAGAUUUUUUUACGUUUAUUGAAAACGGUUGA